GAAACACAUGUGAAGUAGAUUGCGAGUCGUGGAUACAAAUGCCAGGUUUCGAAGGAGAUUUAAAACAUGUUCAUGUGGAGCUUAAGGCUCUUUGUACCAUUGAUAACGUGUCUUCAAUGAAAAUUAGUAACAUAUAAAAGAUGGAGACAGCAGCCCUGGUAGCCCCAGUCACAGCUCUGGAGUUCCUUCAGGAUGCAUUUCUACUGACAGGUGAGGGUCCAGUCUUGACAGUAUACAGUCUCCAUCCUCACCCUAAAGCCCGCGCCUCACUGAGCGUGCUCCAACACUACAGAAUCCAUGGGAUAAGACCUAGAGGUGUGGCGGCUGUCCUGGCACAGAGCUCUGCCACUGGAACCAAUGGGGAGAAGAGAGAACUGAGCUCCACUUCAGAGUCCAGCGUGUAUGAUCUAGCAGUGUUUGGGGGCAAAGCUGUGAGGCUGGUAAGGCUCCAUGUCGAUCUCCAGGAUGGGGAGCAUCUGUGCUGGGAGAUUCUUGGUCCCCUCAUGGAGCUGCAGGACUGGGCCCUGGAUGUUCGCUGGCUGUCUGGAGACAAACACUCACUGCUCUGUGUGGCUGUAGCCCACAAUAGUGCUCUCCUCCUGGAUGUCAUUACAGGAACUGCUCUGGUUCAGUGCUCCUGUCUGGAGGGGUGUCUGCUGUACUCUGCCCUCCUUCUGGUACAUGAAUCCUGGCCUGAUACCGUCUUAGUAGGAGGGACUGUUUUCAACCAGCUGGUUCUCUGGAAGCCUGGAGGAGUAGACAAAAGUAGUGACUCUGAGUACAAAGCUCCAGUUGAGAGACGCCUGCUGGGCCACAGCGGAGUCAUCUUCAGCAUCUCUUACCUCCGGGAGAAAGGAUGGCUGGCUUCAGCCUCUGAUGACCGCAGUGUCAGGGUGUGGGGUGUUGGUGCUUUAGGGGGCCCUGGAGGGAAAUGUGGGGACUUGAACCCGACUUUUUUAAGGAUCCUAUAUGGACACCAGGCGAGGGUGUUCUCUGUGCAUCUUUCCCCUGGCCAAGUGUUCAGUGCAGGAGAAGAUGGGGCCUGUUUAGUCUGGGACUGGGCUGGAGGUGGCAAGGUGGUUCGUACACUGAAGGGACACCGAGCCGGGGGGGUACGUGCACUCGCAGUUAGUGAGGGUAUAGGAGAUGAAGAGACAUGGGUGGCUACAGGGGGGGCUGAUGGAGGUGUGAGGUUGUGGAGGGUGGAAGGGAGUGAGGAGAGAAUGGAGGAAGCAGUGACAGAGAAACUAUGUGACCUGAAAUUUCCUGGUGAAGGCUUGCCAAAAGUGGUUUGUAUAGUAGGGGAAGAGGAUGAAAAUGCAAGCUGGAGUCACAAUAAAUUUGUGGUUUGUACUGACAGAGGAAUAGUUUACCAAUACAGUGAUGGGCAGUGGGAGAUGGUCUGGCAAGGGACGCCUGAGUUCCAGUCCUACUGUGUGAUGGAAACAAUAACUGUCAGUGUGGAAGACUCAACAAAGGUAAUUUUGUGUGCUGUGGGAAAUCUCAGCGGGUCUAUCCAGGUCUUCCCCAUCUCCCAUCCUCAGUGUGGGAUUCUUCUCACAGUUGGUUUAGGGAAGAUCCAUAGCCUUAUUUGGCAAGACGCAAAAGAAAGCUUAUGUUUGCUAGCAUCAGGCUCUGAAGGACUUGUCUAUCGCUGGUGUGUAGGUGUAAAGUGGGGUCAAAACUGUUCCUUAGCUCUCACUGUAAAUCCACUUCCUCCUUUCCUCCUCCCCCCCUGUGCCAAACGCUGGCUGACAGCUGCAGUGUGCCUCCGCUCCACGUCACAGGGGUUGCUGUGGGUGUGUGGGGACAGGAGAGGGUCCCUGCUUUUGUUUCAGGAAGGAGGAGCACUGGAGCGAAAGGUGGGAGAUGACAAAAGGAUGGAUGAAGGUUUGCAGACAGGCAGGAAACAAACUGCUAACGAAGAGCUUGAAGGUGAGGAAACUGGAAGUAAAAUGAUGGUGGAGAGAGAAAGAAAAGAAGUGGUUGAGCUAACACUGAGCCCACUGAACUGCCUGUUCGGGGUGCAUGGAAAACAGGGUGUAACUUCAGUGUGUGAAUAUCAGGGACUGCUCUACAGCGCCGGCAGGGACGGCUGUGUGAGGGUCUUCAGAGUGCGUCCAUCACCACCUGAAAAAAAGGGAAAUGGAGAGAGUGCAGAGAACAAGGGAAAGCUUCAGCUGGAGGUUCUCAGAGUCCAGCGGGCCUGCAAGGGUAUGGAGUGGCUGGAGAGGGUUUUAAUUCUUGAACCUGAAGUUCCAGUGGAAGAGGAGAAGGAGGAAGACCUCAGAGAAGAGAGCAAGGGAAGAGAAGCCAGGUUUGCCAUCGCUGGCUUUCAUGCUGUCCACUUUGUGGUUUGGGACCCAGUGAGGCAGGAGAGGCUGCUAGCGGUGCCUUGUGGUGGUGGGCAUCGCUCCUGGAGUCUCUGGCCAUCCCACAAAGGGAUUUGGCCUGGAUAUGGAGCUCUGGUCUUUAUCAAGCAGGGGGCCGUCCUGACUUCACAACCCCCUGGAAAGACGCUGAGCUGGGCAGGAAGGACUGAAGGAUGGGGCCUGAGAGAGGGUGUCCAUGGGCGGGGGAUUGGGUGUGUAUGCAGGCUGGGGAGGAUAGUGGUAUUCAGGAAUGAGAUUCAACCAAUGAGAACUGGAAAUGUGACUGGAAUUGAGGGAAGGGACAGACUCAAAGAUGUAGUAAAGGAGAGAGAGGAAGAUCACUGGGAGAUAGUGGUGAUGGGAGGAGAGGACACUAGCUUAACCGUCCUGGCGGUACAUCCCAACUCUGGCAGCAUCAAAGUUCUCUCAGUCAUUACUGAUCACAUCUCAAGCGUUCGGACGGUGACUGCGAUAACAUGUCCAGAGGGAAUGAGUGAAAACCAGAGACAGUCUCUCUCUGCGCUGCUCGUGUCGGCCGGAGGACGAGCUCAGAUGCAGUGUUACCGGCUGUUGAUCGGCUGGGACACGCAGAGACAGGUUCCCUCCUGCCAGGUGAUCCAGGUGGCCAGUCACCGAUUGGACGAACAUUGGGAGAGGCGACGGAACCGACACAAGAUGGUGAAAAUGGACCCAGAAACAAGGUACAUGUCUGUAGUGGUGGUGGAUGACAGGACAGACUGUGGUCUCCUGGCUCUGGCCUGCAGCGACGGAGCUCUCAGAUUGUUCUCAGUUAAUGAAGCUGAACGUCAAAUUGAUUUGUUGUGGGAGACAUUUUACCACCAGCGCUGUGUUCUCAGUGUUGCCGCCUGCAGCCUGGAGGAUGGAAAAGGCAACAGGUAUAAGCUGCUGUUCAGUGCUGCAACAGAUGGCAAAAUUGCAGUGUGGGAUUUGACUGAAGUUUCUUUCUUAUGGACUGGUACUACGAUCAAUGCUCCAACUCCAUCAGUCCCCUGCCUCAACAUUCCCGCCCACCAGAGCGGCAUCAACUCAUUGGCUGUUUGGGCGGAGAAAGUGGGACAACAACACGGCGGUUGCCUCGUAACUGUUGCUAGCGGAGGGGAUGAUGGGCAGCUGACAGUGUCCACAAUUAGGGUGCAAUACCCAGAAGGCGGAAAGACUGGGGUCAGCAGAGGGUUUUCUCAGAUUUCUGAGUCCCUUAUUCCUUCACAAACCCAGUUCCAACCCCCAAACCAGCUUCAUCUUCAUCUUCAGUCCCAGUCCCACAUCCCGCUGGCUCACGCUGCCCCUCUGACCGCCCUGAAGCUCCUGGGCCCAACCCUUGUAGUCUCUACUUCUUCAGAUCAGAGGGUUUGCCUGUGGAGGGUCGGCAGUACCGGUAUCAGCCACAUGGGGGCGCGGUGCUCCCACGUUGCAGAUGCUGCAGGACUCGCAGUGUGGGAGGGGCAGAUGUUAGAGGACGGAGAUAAAAAGAGAAAAACAAGCUUUGAGUCUGAGCAGGAGGUUGCAGUUUGGAGAGUGAAGGGGAGUCAGACAGGAUUAAAAACGAUGUGUGAGACAGCAGAGGGUAAGACAGAUGGCAGACCCAAUAAGGAUAAGGAAACAGCUGAUGAGGCUGAGGGUGGAGAACCUGUUGAAGCCGUGAGCGAGACAGGUGACCCAGUUUGCAAGACCAAUGAUGAGAGGGGAGGUGAGACAGCUGGUGAGCAUAGAAAUCAAACAGAGACUGACAGUGUGAGUAAGACAGAGAGAGAGGUUAACAGCGAGACAGGUUUCAAAGCUUCCUGUGAGAGCAAGAAGAAGAGAGAGAAGAUAGGAUGGGUACUGGUCUGCGGCCAGGGCUUCCAGCUACUGCGAGUCAGGAAUGCAGAGAUGAGGAUGAGAAAGACGAAAGGAGAAACCACAGAGUUAAAAUGACUUCACAAGAAAUGUGGAAUCAAAAGAUGGCAGUGGCCCGAACAAUCACAUUUUAGAAAAUUAUUUAUUUCUUAAUAAGUUGCUGUAAAAUUCCUUGAUUGCCGCUGAAAUACAUUUUACUUU